UGCAAAGAGCGCUGCCCUCUCCUGUCACUCACGACCUGGAUACCACAGAUGUCAGACAUUUUUGUUCAGAUUUGUUACUCGGAAGCGGAAAAAGAAAGCUGGACAAUAGCCGUAGUCUAUUGUCCAAACCCAGUUGCGUGUUACAGGCAAAGUGCGCCGUGCCGAGGCACACCGUUACUACAUGCAGCAUAUUUUAAAUGUACGCAGUGGAGCGCUUCGGGCACUUCGUUAUGCAAAAACUUUAGUGAAACUUCGACAUGCGGCAAGCGCUCGUAAUGGUGCGUUACCGUUCUCGGAAAUACCGAAGAUUCCAGCAUUUCCUCUGGUCGGCAGUGGCUGGAUUUAUUUGCCUCUGAUCGGUCGGUAUGAUAUUCGUGAUGGCAGUGGAGCUGCAAGGGAUAUGUACCAAAGGUAUGGCCCCAUCGUGGUGCAGCAGCUACCGGGACGGAGGGCAAUUGUGCGACUGUUCAGUGCAAAUGACAUUCGGAUGCUGUACCAAGAGGAAGGAAGGACUCCACGCCAUGUUGGAUCACUGGCUCUUAAGCUAUUUCACCAAAGCCAAAAGCCGCAGUUCUUUGCAAAUGACGGCCUGCUGCACGCCCAAGGUGACGAGUGGCGGCGAAUUCGAUCUCAGACGCAUACCAGCGUUUCUGCACCGUGUGUUGUGCAAGGAUACGCCGAAGGCAUUGCUGACGUUGUCGACGACACAAUUUCUCUGAUUGCCUCGGCGCGAGAUGAAAAGGAAGAAGUGGAAGACUGCCAUGUACUGAUGAGAAGAUGGGCUUUAGAAUCUACGAUGCUUUUGACUGUUGACGAGAGACUCGGAGUGUUGGAACCUAACCUCGACGCCCAUUCGACGGCAGCAAACAUGUUCAACAUUAAGGAAGACUUGUUUUGCAUACUGAAUACGCUGACUACAAGUUUUCCUUAUUACCUCUUCUUUCCGACGCCCAUGUGGAGACAGUUCCGUCGCCGCGGGCACGAAGCCAUUAGGUUGCUGUUGCCGCUUGUUCGGACAGCAGCUGAGAGGGCUGAACAUAUGGCGGAGGAGGAACGCCCUACACUCGCCGCCUCUCUACGACGUGCAGGAAUGCAAAGCUUUAAAGAAAUCUUCACAUUCGUUUUUGACUUCAUUAUGGCGGGUUCUGAAACGGUUGCGGCUGGAGCAACGUAUUGCUUAUACUGCCUCGCAAUGAACCCUCUCGCUCAACAAAAGGCAAGGGAAGAGGUGCAGUCUGUUCUCAGCAAAGCUCCAGACAGUGAAAUAGCACUCAAAUAUAUGGAGCUUUCCUACGUAAAGGCCUGUAUCCGUGAAUCACUUCGGCUCUACCCUAUCGUCACCGGAAUACACCGCAAACUAGACCACGACGUUGUGAUGUCCGGCUACAUGAUACCGAAAAACACCGUCUUGAGAACCGAAAUAUUUGUAAGUGGGAGACUGGAGGAAAACUUCACAAGAGCUUCGGAAUUCAUCCCAGACCGCUGGCUCCGUGGCAGCGGUGACCGGCUAAGUGAACAUCUGGAAAAUUGGACGCAUCACCCUUUUGCUUCGCUACCAUUCAGCUCGGGUGUACGGAUGUGCAUUGGAAGAAGGAUAGCCGAGAUGGAGAUGUGUAUACUUGUUGCAAAGGUGCUGCAAACAUUCAGAGUGGAGAAUCAUUAUGGCGACAUUGGCUUCCUUUCGCAGCUUACAAGUCACCCACAAAAACCAGCCAGAUUCCGCUUCAUUAAACUGUAGUACAAAAUUCAUACGGGAAGGUGCCGUUUUUGAGUCCCUAGCAUUAGUUAUAAUAAAGUAAAUUUGCUAAGUGCCUACAGCUUCAGUUAUA